AGAAAUGUAUUUUUUUUGUAAUCUUGUUUCUUUUGAAUUUGUUUAACUCUUUCACUUUUUUUUUUAAUUUCAAUUAGAUUUUAUAUUUUGUAGAAAAAUAAAUUUUUAAUUUUCAUUAUAAUUUAGUGAAUACUUAUUUAUUUUAAUUAUAUCUCUUAGCAGCUAGUCUUAAAUAUGUCUGUUUUUUUAAAGUUAGUUUAAGAAUUGGUCCCAGAAUCACUGAUCUUAUACCAGCAUGAACGUUUAUAAUAUAAUUUGUGUACAAAAAAAAUAUCAACAUGACACCAUGCAUUCCUCAGUUUAUCAUGAAAUAUUCCUAUAUAGAUAUAUCUUCUUUUUUUUUUUUGAACACCUCUAUAUAGAUAUAUCUAUAUAGUGAUUUCCAGUUGAUCUUUGAAAUGAGUUUCCUCUAAUUAUCAUGCCUUCUUUUCUAUAUUAAAUUAAUAUUUUCAUAUAUGUUUCUGCCCUAUUUUAAAAAUUAUAGUACUGUUUCCAUUUUUUCUCUUUUAACCAAAAAAUUGACAUUAUAAUUUAUUUCUAUUUAACCUGUGAAAUCUUAUAAAUUCAGUGCACAUAAAAAAUUACUUAAUUACUGUGAGAUACAUUUUUUAAUAAAAAAGGUAAAUUAGCAUGAGAUUUCAGAAUAGAAGUAUAUCUAUGUGUGGUACACAAUCCUUUAAAUCUCUUCUAAAUAGAUACACAAUCCUCUUCUAAAUAGCUCUCACUAAGAAGAAAGAAGAAACAAAAACAAAAAUUAAACCUUUGCAUCAUUUAGAAGAAAAUAUAAAAAUGAGAACUAUGAAAAAGAUCCUUCUUUCACUUAUCAUCAUCUCAUCAAUCAUCACCUUGACGUCUAUGCUUCAGCCACAUACUUUGUCACUGGGUGAGGAAUUCGACGUGCGUGUUAUCAACAGCUUCAGAGACAACUCCUCUCUACCUCUAGUGAUCUGGUGCACCUCGCCACAAGGUGAUCUCGGUGGUCGCGCGCUUCAAGAGGGAGAUGACUUCCGAUGGACGGCCAGGAUCGAGCUGUGGUCGUGGAGGGCAGAGUACACGUGUACAAUGAAGUGGGAGUUGAAGAGGAAGAGGUUCGAGGCGUUUAAGGUUUCUAGAGACAGCAAUAGAUGUGGAAUUACAAAGAAAUGUUCUUGGUCCGUUAGAGAAGAUGGAUUUUAUUUUAGUAGUGACGAGAUUUAUUGGACCAAAGAUUUUUCUUGGUUAUAAUUUUAUCAAUUUUAAACCUGAUUUUCUGUCCAAUCACUUGAAUAUAAUAAUCAUUUUGUCAAUAGA